AUGUUGUACACUAAUGUAACAAGUAUAAAACAUUUCUUCAUUCUGGGAUUUCCUGGACUUUCACAGGUGUAUUAUGGACCUGCGUCAGUCCUGCUCUUUCUUGUCUUUUUGGCUAUCGCUGUAGGAAAUAUUUUCAUUUUGGUGUUUGUUAAAUGUGAAAGGUCUCUACACCAACCCUCAUACCUGCUCUUCUGCCACUUGGCACUAACCGACUUGGCGUUUGGGACUGUUACUCUGCCAAAGAUUAUAUCAAAAUAUUGGUUUGAUGACAGCAUUAUUUCGUUUUACGGAUGUUUUGCACAAAUGUACUUUGUCCAUUUUUUAGGGGCCACUCAUUCUUUCAUCCUGAUGGUGAUGGCCCUUGAUCGCUUCAUUGCAAUUUGUGCUCCGCUGCGUUACCCAGCUCUUUUCACAAACACCACUGUGUCUGUGCUUUGUGGAAUAUCAUGGUUUAUGCCAAUGUCAUGGAUGGUGGGUAUAGUUUUAGAUGCCCUUUCUUUGCCUUUCUGUAAUUCAAACAUAAUUGUACAGUGCUAUUGUGACCAUAUAGCAAUAACAGUGCUUGGAUGUGAAUCUGUACGGGAAGUUCAGGUGGUUGCAUUUGGUCUUGCCAUGUUCAGUUUGUUGUUGCCUCUGGGUUUUAUCAUCUUCUCUUAUUUUGUCAUCAUUGUUGCUGUCGUGAGAAUGUCCAACUCUGAUGGUCACCACAUCAGGGCGCUGUCUACCUGCACACCACAGCUUCUCAUCACGUGUCUAUAUUACAUGCCGAGAUGUUUUGUGUACCUGGCCAAUAAUGUGGGAUUCACUUUCAGUGUUCCAGUGCGCAUUGUUGUUGUAAUGCUGUACAGUCUUUUACCUGCUGCCAUCAACCCAGUAAUAUACUGUUUCAAAACCAAGGAUAUCAAAGAGAACUUGAAAAAGAGAUUUUUUAGGAGAACAAUUAAUAUAGGCACAAAUCCUGGAUAA